AUGGCGGCGCCGGAAUCGGAAUGCUGCGGGAGCGACGGCUACCGCGACCUCCGCGGCGUGCGCGUCGAGCUGGACCCGGGAGCGGCCCGAGUCGGCGGGGGAGAGGGCUUCGCCGUCUCCUUCUGGCUCUACCUGUCCAGCUCCGCCAGGCCGUCCUCGGUGAUCCUCCACCAGAUCACUGCGGGAGAUGACAAUAAGUUGCCGUUUCUCGCUUUAGGUGAAGGAAACAAACUGCUGCUCUUCCCGUUGAUGAGGCUGCACAGAGAAACUCCUGGUCCUGCUAGUUCUUACCCAUGGACUGACACAACCAAUUUAUCAUCUACGAGUCAAUGCCCUCUUGAGAAAUGGUUCCACAUUGGGUGUGAGGUUACUGAAAAUGUUCUGCGUCUUCACGUUGAUGGUUCCCUAACUGCUGAGGCCCCCGUUUGUUCACUAUUUGAUGGGCCAGACCGUCAGGAUGAUGCAAACCAAGUUAGCUUAGUUGGAAGUGAUGGCAAGCUUGAAGGCUAUAUCUAUAAUAUUGAGGUUUCAUCUGUACUAGGAACUGUAAAAGAAAAAUACACAAAGAACCCACCAUUUAAGUUGUCUAUUGACUAUUCAUGCUCUGAUGGAAUCGAAGAGGGUGAUGACGGCAUUUGGAGCAUCGUUGGUGGGAAGGCAUCUUGCCGGAGAAACUUCAUUUUGGAAGUAGUACUAACCAACGCUUUUGGUGAACCUGCGAAGGAUAAAGAGGUCGUUGCUUCACUUGUCUAUGCUGAUGAUGGAACAGUAGUUGCAAAAUCAAGGGAUGAUUCUGAGCCUCCUUUGCUUAUUACUUGCGAAGGACUUGAAUACGCAGCUAUAAGCAGGCCUCUACAAAUUAUUCGUGGGCGAGCACUAUUUAAACUCAAGAUAUCGCAGCUCUCUUCCAAAUGUGACAAUAAGCUCUUCCGUAUUCAAUUCUCUACACUUCACAUGCAAAGAUAUCCUUUCCUGGAAGCAUAUUCCAAACUGAUUCGUUGUAUAUCUCGAAGCCGCACCAUCCGUCCCUUGGGUCCUGGAAAGCGGGCGAGUUCUGCAACAGCAGAUGAAACUGACUUGCUCAAUAAUGGCCAAGGGUUUGUUAGUGCUGACAAAGUAAAUGGUCGUGAACAUUCAUUGUGUCUGCAUACACCCAUGUUUUCCAAUAUAGAAGGUGGAAUUGUGAAGGUAGUAGAGGCCCACAAAAUGGUAUCACAGAAUAAGAAUGCCAGAAAGGUGGUGGUAAGCAAAGAAGCACAGAAUGUCAUGGGGACUGACUCUUCAACAUCCAACUAUGACAGUUUUGAUUCAGGAAGUUCUUGGAGUGGAUCAGAUGGAGAUGAUGGUAUUGAAACCUUUUCAGACGCUGUGGUUUUCAGAUACUGUCUAGACAGCACAUACGACCGGUCCAAGUUUCUUAGAGGUGCAGCUCCUACUGUUCACAAAGAUGACUUGGUAAAACUUGCAGACCAAGUCUCAUUGUAUAGUGGAUGCUCCCACCACAGAAACCAAAUAUUAAUGUCGAAGCGAUUGCUCAGAGAAGGUGCUGACACUUGGAACAUGAUCUCAAAGAACAAUGAACGUGCUCUUUGGUCAUCUGCCAUUCCUGAGAUCAUAACAAAAUUUACGAACAUUGCCCAUUCUGUGAGUAGGGGUUUGUUAGAGCAGGAUCUUGAGGUUUUAAGAGGCAUUGCUGGUUGUGGUGAGGACAUAGGAAGAGAUGAAUUUGAUAGGCUAUGGUACUGGUUAUACCCAGUGGCUGUUUCAUUGUCGAGAGAGAAAAUUAAAAAGCUGUGGGAUUGCACAACACCUAGAUGGAUAGAGGGCUUGAUUACAAUAGAAGAAGCUGAGAAUGCACUAAGAAGUUCCAGGGAACUGUUAAAGGAGCCAGGAACAUUUGUUCUCAGAUUUCCUACCACCCGAAGUUGGCCGCAUCCAGAUGCUGGAAGCCUAGUUGUUACUUACAUUGGCUCUGUUAACUCAAUUCAUCAUAGGCUACUCUCUCUUGAUUCCAGUGAUGCUAGCGCUGAGAACCUGCAAGAUUUGCUGCUCCAGGAACCUGAACUAUCCCAAUUGGGCAGGGUUGACCGGCUCCCAACCGCCAUCCGGAGAUGA